AGAGAGAGAGAGAGAGAGAGAGAGAGAGACGGAGUGUUUCGGGAAGUGAGAGAGAGAGAGAGAGAGAGAGAGAGCAGCUCAAAGCUUGCAAAGAGCGAGAGAAGAUGAGACAACUCCACCUUCCUUACUUCUUCUUCUCGUCCUCCUUCUCACGCUACUAGGGUUUUGGCGCGAUUCUGUUGUCUUGUUCCCUCGCCCAGCUGCAUUCUCCAUCCAUAGACUGUCAUCUCCUUCACAUUCCCCCCAAAGAAAAAAAUAUAAAAAAAAUACUCCGUCUUUUCCCCGGCAGCAGCUGCAGCAAACGAACACGAACUCCUGGACGGGGUAAGAAGGAAGAAACCAUUGCUCCUCCUCAGUGGUUUGAAGCAGAAGAACAAGAGGACAGGUUUGAAUGCGUUUCCUCCGUUUGAUGCGAUGCGGGUCAUUCUGGUUUUUAACACGGAGAUAUUUAGCUGCCGGUGGUGUGGGUCAGGAAGGCUUUGAAGGAGAGGCAUCAAUCUGCUUAAUCUGUAGUUCUAUUUAAGAGGAUUUACAGUAUGCAGACACCAAAAGCUCGAACCAACUCGUCAGAUGUUCCACAUAAGAAGUCUCCUGGAGCAGCUCGAACUGCUCGGCAGCUGAAGACUCCAGGAUCAGAUUCUGAGGCCAUGUCUUCUUCUCCAAACGCUGUAAGCAAGACCCCGAAAGAUAAGAGCCCAAAAGUCAGUGAACGGAAGUCUCCACGAACUCCAGUUUCUGAGAAGAAACGCCCGAACAGAAUGUCUGAGCUGGAGUCUCAGCUCUCUCAGCUCCAAGAGGAUCUCAAGAUUGCCAAGGAUCAAUUAGCCUCCUCCGAGUCAGCGAAGCGGCAAGCUCAGAAGGAAGCCGAGGAGGCCAAAUAUCGACUCUCGUUAUUAUCUCAAAAGCUAGGGGAAUCUCAACAGCAGCUGAUGGAUCUAUCUGCUUCUGAGGAGGAUCGGGUCCAAGAGCUCCGGAAAAUUUCCCAAGAUCGGGACCGAGCAUGGCAGUCUGAGCUCGAAGCAGUCCAGAAUCAGCACUCUAUGGAUUCUGCUGCAUUGACUUCAGCCCUGAACGAGAUAAAAAAGCUGAGGGCUCAGCUCGAGAAGGUGGCGGAAUCUGAGGCUGCACAGAGCAAGCAUGCUGAAUUGGCACACAACGAGAUCCAACGACUAAGAUUGGAGCUAUCGGAGACUCUCACUCUGGUGGAAAAACUAAGGACUGAGCUCGGUGACUGUAGAGAAUCUGAGGCUCAGGCAUUGGAAGUUGUGAGAAACACGGAAAGACAAUUGGAGAUUGCAAGUGUAACUGCUGAGACUCUUCGAUCAGAGUGCAUCAAAGUUUCCGAGGCUUAUGAUGCUGCAAAAAUGGAGCUGGAGCGAUCCAAUGAUCGAAUGAAAGAACUGGAAGCUCUUGUCAGCAAACUUCAAGAAGAGCCUCUGAGUGAUAAUAUUCAGUCUGGAGAAAUAGACCAGCUGAAAGAUGAACUUAAUUCGGUAAAGAACGAAGCAGGGCAGCUGAGAUCGGCCCUUGAUGCAGCUGAGAUGAGGUACCAGGAAGAGUACAUUCAGAGCACACUGCAGAUUAGAAGUGCUUAUGAACAAAUGGAGAAUACGAGGAAGGAAUCUUCCCAGAGACAGGCUUUGCUGGAGGAAGAGCUAAAGAAGGCCAUGAGUCGGAUUGAAGAAUUAGGACUUGUCUCACUUACGAAGUUGGAGACGAAGUCAGAAAUUGAGGAAUCACCGGGCAAUGAGAAUGAACACUCUUUGAUGUCAGAGUUGGAGAGGUUGCGAGCAGACUUAUCCGAGCUCAAGGCAGAAUUGUCCGACAGAGACACUAAAUUGAAGAAUUUAUCAAGCAAGAACGAAGUGCUUAAGAAAGAACUAAGUAAGAGGGAAAUGGAGAGUACUAAAGUCAAUAAUGAGGCUGUGGCUUUGGCGGAAGCCAUGAAGGGAUCAGAGCGAGAGGCUCUAACAAGAGUCGAGUCUCUGAGGGAGGAAGCUGAUAAGAGCAACAGAAGAGUCGAACGUGUAAUGGAACAGUUAGAUGCAGCUCAGGCAGCCAACUUGGAAAUGGAAGCUGAGCUUCGGAGGCUAAAAGUGCAGUCAGACCAGUGGAGGAAGGCUGCUGAGGCGGCAGCAGCAAUGAUUUCCAGUGGAGGAGAGAACAAUGGGAAGCUCAUGGAACGGGCGAGCUCCCUCGAUAACUACUAUAGUCCUGUGGCCGGGAAUGUGAUGGGUUCUCCUUACUCGGAAGACAUGGAGGAGGAGUCGCCGAAGAAGAGGAACGGUAACGUUCUGAUGAAGAAGAUCGGGGUGUUGUGGAAGAAGGGACAGAAGUAGGAGAUCAAAUGGCAGUAGUAUUAAUUUUCUUCUAAGGAGUGAUGAUGAGUGGUUAAAUCCGUUAAGCUUCUCUAUCUUUGUAUUUGUACCAUUUUGUUGGGCUUAUGUUUUGGCAAAUCUUUUGAAGUUAAAAGGAAUGUGCAGAUUGCUGGUUCAUCUAUAUGUCAUUCAAGGGCGAACCCGAACCUGUUCGCCGAGGACUUGAUUGGAACGGAUGAAAUAUUGAGUUUGCCAAAUAAUCGAACUACGGUUCUCUUUCC